GCGCACAAUUGAAAAACAAGCCAUAGAGGAGGAGAUUAGCAAUGCAAGGAAGGUUUUGUGUAGUGGGUGGAGAUGGCUUCAUUGGCUCCUCCCUCGUCAACUCUCUUCUCCACAGAGGCUUUUCUGUCCAUGCAACUAUUCUUCCUACAUCUGGGAAGGAGGACAUACACUAUCUACAACGACUUCCUGGUGCCCAUGAAAGGCUCAAGCUCUUCAAUGCAGAUCUGCGCGUGGAAGGCAGCUUUGAUUCACCCAUUUCGGGCUGCCAAGGUGUCUUCUUCGUUGCAUCUCCUACAAAUUUCAGCUCCAAAGAUCCCGAGAAUGAGGUUGUGGGAGUUGCGGUUCAGGGGACAAUCAAUGUAUUGAAAUCCUGUGUGGAAGCAAAAACUGUGAAACGAGUGGUUUUCACUUCGUCUUCCUGUACUAUGUCACCACUGAAUGAGGAGGGAGAGAUGAACAAUAAUCCAUCCUCUGUGGAAUCCUUUUGGACCCCUGUCAAUUACAUCCGUUCCAACCAACAACAAUUUCCAGUUUGGCCCUACUUUGCGUCAAAGACACUGGCAGAGCAGACGGCUUGGAGCUUCGCAGAAGAGAACAAUUUAGAUGUUGUGACAAUUGGGCCAUCCGUUGUGGGAGGACCUUUUAUCACUCCCUACAUCCCCACUAGCAUUCAGAUACUCUUAUGGUUUCUACCAGGCAAGAAUGGAGUUCCUAGCAGUAUUGUAAGAUCUAUCCUUUCCUUGUUUGGGACAUUUCCAGUAGUCCACGUAAGCGACGUUUGCCAUGCACACAUAUUUCUGAUGGAGCAGCCUGCAGCACAAGGGAGAUAUUUGUGCUUGGCAGAUACACUCUCUGUUAAGGAGUUGCAGCAGUUUAUAAUAAAACGUUAUCCAGAUCUCAAGAUAACAGAUAUGUUGCAGGAUUUGGAUUCCAGUUUUCCUAUAAAUACACAAUAUAAAUCUGAUAAGAUCACAGAUUUGGGAUUCAGAUUCAACUAUGGGCUUGAAGAAAUUUACGACGAUUGCUUCGAGUCAUACAAAAAGCUGGGUUUGUUAGCUACAGAGUGAUUGUUACGUAUAAUGGUUUAGUAAGGGGUUUUAUUUAUGGAAAUAAGUUGGAUUAUAUAAGAGUGGUUUUUUUUAAGAUUUUCUCAUGGGUCGGAUUUAUAUGCAUCUAUUAGAUGUAUUAUCUAUUUUCAUUUGAUCAAUUGGUAUUGUUAACAGCAAGACACAAAUUAUGUAGAAUUUCGAGAAUGUCACUCGGCAUGGUUUGAGUUUUUUUUUCGAAUCUGUACAAAUUGGUUGUGUUUUAUUUUUAUGUUUUUAAAUAUGUUGUUAUCUAUUAAAUGAAAACACUGGUUUUGUGGUUUUA